CAACUUUCCAAGCCCAUGAGAAACGCAGGUGUUGAGCUCGUUCGUGAUUGCAGGUACUCCUGUAGAGCUCAAUCUCCAUCUCUCACUGUCAUGGCGGACGAGAUGUUGUUCAAUCAGAAGGAAAGAUUUGAUAGAGAUGCGGCUGCUUCGUUAGUGAAAGAGCUCAGAGGUACGUUCUGUUCUGGUAAGACGAAGAGCUACGAGUGGAGACUGGCACAGAUAAAGGGUAUCUUGAGAAUGCUAGUCGAAAAGGAGAGGGACAUCAUCGAAGCUCUCCAGAAGGACCUCUCCAAGCCUGAGGCCGAAGCUUAUGUCGCUGAGAUUUCGAUGGCAAAGUCCUCGUGUAAUCAUACACUUAAGGAAUUAAAACAUUGGAUGACACCAGAAAAGGCCCAGACUUCAUUUACGACCUUCCCAUCAUCUGCUGAAAUUGUGCCGGAACCAUUUGGUGUUGUUUUGAUCAUUGCACCUUGGAAUUAUCCUUUCUUGUUAGCUAUUGAUCCAGUUAUUGGUGCUAUUGCGUCUGGCAAUUCAGUGGUCUUAAAACCAUCAGAAAUUGCUCCAGCAACAUCCUCACUUUUUGGAAAGUAUUUGGAAGAGUAUGUGGACAACUCUGCCAUAAGAGUUGUUGAGGGGGCUAUCAAUGAAACAACUGCACUGCUGGAGCAAAAGUGGGAUAAAUUAUUCUAUACAGGUAAUGGAAAAGUGGGACGUAUCAUUAUGGCUGCUGCUGCAAAGCACCUCACACCUGUUGUUUUGGAGCUCGGAGGAAAAUCUCCUGCUGUUGUUGAUUCAAACAUCAACUUAGUGGUUGCGGCCAGACGGAUAGUUUCAGGCAAGUGGGGAAGCAAUAAUGGACAAACCUGCGUUUCUCCAGAUUAUGUCAUAACCACAAAAACUUUUGCUCCUACAUUGAUUGAUGCUUUAAAACAUGCAUUAGAGGAAUUUUUUGGAAAGGACCCAUUGCAAUCAAAGGAUAUCUCCCGUAUUGUGAAUUCCAACCAUUAUGCACGCUUAUCAAAGUACUUAGAUGAGGAUAAGGUUUCCAGUAAGAUCAUUCAUGGAGGUCAAAGGGAUGAGAAACAGCUAAAAAUUUCCCCAACCAUCUUACUGGAUGUUCCAGAAGACACUCAAAUCAUGAAUGAGGAGAUUUUUGGGCCCUUACUUCCCAUUGUCACGGUUGACAAGGUGGAAGAUAGCUAUGAAGUUAUUAACUCAAGAUCAAAGCCUCUUGCUGCAUAUCUCUUCACUAAUGAUAAGAAGCUUCAGGAGGAGUUUGUGAGAACGAUUUCUGCAGGAGGGAUGCUCAUCAAUGACACGAUUCUGCAUCUUGCAAAUCCCUCUUUACCUUUUGGAGGAGUUGGUGAGAGUGGUAUUGGUUCUUACCAUGGUAAAUUUUCAUUUGAAGCAUUUAGCCACAAGAAGGCAGUUAUGUACCGAGGUUUUAGUGGGGAUGCAUCAGCAAGAUACCCACCAUACACCCCUAGAAAACAGAAAUUGGUGAGGGCCCUUCUUGAGGGUAACAUAUUUGGCAUAAUUCUUGCUUUGGUCGGAUGACCGAGGAUUUGAAUCAACAUCAAUGUUAUUCUUAAGAAGCUUUUGC